AGAAGCCAAUCCAGAGCUUCAUUCAGCAGCUCUGUGUUUGUGAACGUUCAGCCACGUUAAUUUUAAUUAAAUUUAAUUUUAAUGUUGUGUUUUGUUUACGGAGCGCUGAAACAGACACGCUUCAUCUUCGAAUUGGAAUGGACAAGGUCAUUAACUGCUUUAGCAAGCAGCCGGACGCUGUAGCCAGGCUGAUCUGCUUCCCUUGGGCAGGUGGAGGCUCCAUUCACUACGCUCGCUGGGGGAGGCUCCUUAACAGCUCUGUCGAAGUUUAUUCAGUCAGACUGCCGGGCAGAGAGGGCCGAGCUAAAGAACCAUUCUUCCAGCACAUGCAGCAGAUCCUUGAUGAGGUCAUUAGUGUGCUGUUGCCAGAACUAAGGGAGAAACCGUUUGCCCUCUUUGGACACAGUUUUGGUGCCAUGACCAGCUAUGCCUUUGCUGAGCAUGUGAAGAACGUUCACAAUCUUGAACCAGUGCACGUGUUCCUCUCUGGAGCUUCUGCACCUUAUUCUGAAACCAGAUUACAGGCCCCACGGAGAAGCCACCUGUCUGAUGAGGAAUUCCUCCAGUGGAUGACCUCCAUCGGGGGAACACCUCCUGAAAUACUGGCCAAUCCUGAGGUGCUGAAGCUAUUUUUGCCAGCCUUGAAGGCGGACCUCAAUGUAGUGGAGAACUACAGGUGUAACAGGCCGACCAGCCCUUUCCUCUCUUGCCCAGUCUCGUGCUUUGAUGGCAAGGAAGAUUUGCCACAUGACUUACAAGCAUGGAAGGCUAUGACUAGUGGUGAUUUCACUGUGCAGAUGCUCUCCGGAUCACACUUCUACCUGAAAGACCCAGCAAAUGAGAAACUCAUAUUGGACCACAUUUCAAAAUAUCUAGAGACGGCUGAGAUGGACUACUUGUAGAGCACAUUUGGAAGGUCCUUUCCAGGAAGCCAAUCAAAAUGCUAAUGUGGGAACAGAACUUUUUCAUUGAUCUACUGCAGUUUAGAUGACAGGCAUUCAAACUGGCACACUGAUUUCCAUGUCUUACUAGGAAAUGCAUUACUAGGUUUAUUUUCAUUUAGUUUUCUUUUUCAUAAUUUGCUUCAGUAACCAGAUUAUUUCUACUUUCCAGACCAAAUCAUUAUCAUAAAAUAUGCUGUUUGUGGCAUCAUUUAUUGACAAGACGCAUUGAAUUACUUCAACAGCAACAGUGGUACAUGAACUCAAAGUAUUUUGCUGAUACAACAAAACCAACUUUAGGAAAAUGCUUUCUUAGCUUUAAUGUAUAGUAAUGUAAAGAGAUUUUAUCCUCUUUACAUUUAUUUAAGUAACUGUGAACCAUUUUAUUAUUUUCCAAAAUGCCCUCUAUCAGUUUUUAUGCUGAUCUGGGAUCAUUUUAGCAGGUUCUGUUAAUAGACCAGAUGAGAAUGUGAGCAUGGACAGCUUAAUCUUGAAUCUGUGUAAAAGAAUAUUCUGGACCUGCUCCAUUAAUGUGCAAUUAGGCAGUAACAGUUUGCUGACAUUACCUCUCUGAAAUGGAAAAAGUGGUGCAGCUAAACUGAGCGUCCUCUGUGUUGUGUGUACAGAGUGUGCCGUCAAACACUACACGUUGGCUAAUUAUUAGCCAAAAACACUGGCCUGUCUCAUGCCCCUGUACAUCUUAAAUAUAUGAUGAAUACUGUUAAUAGUUCAAACAUAAUACCUAAAAAUAAUAGUAAUGUAAUUGUAACAUAAGGAUUAAAUAUUGUAUUGACUUAUAAAGGAGUAUAUUGUCUUGCAUCCUUUUAUACAGAACUUUGUAAAAGUAUUCCUCACCUAGGAUGUUCAAGCUUGUGAAAUAAAGUUUACAGAUUUUUUAA